UGAGGGCAGCAGGAGUUGCUUACCUCGCAACUCCUCACUCAUUUCUCUGUACGAUUGUGGCCAGAACACAGGAUCCCUUCAGGAGUCCCACUGCUCCACAUCCGACAUCCCCACAGGUGGCAUGCCGGGACUGCUUCUUCUGGAGUCCCGAUAUGCCUUGUCAGACGACGACCUGGGGAUGGCCAACAACACGAACAGUUCGGCGCACACGGCGCAAGCCUGCAGAGACCAUCCAAAAAUCACAUCGACCUGCGAGGCGACAUUCAGCACGCGGCCCGGCGGCCGCGGGCGGGGGCGGUAUAGAGCGAGGCCGGCGGCCCCCUGCGCGAGCGGCCCGCCGCUCGAGGCCUUUCCAGCCAGACGAAACCAGAACGAGGAUGACGUCGGGCGGGGACGGAGUCGGGGAUCUUCUGACCCGGGUCAGUCCUGACCCGGGCCAGUCGGGCCUUGCAGGAUCCUGCGAGACCCUGCAAGAUCCUGCGCCCAACCCCG